AUGGCUACCUCUUCCCGGGAAACGACAGAAGAUGUUGUGCUAAAAAUCUACUGCUCGAAUUUAUUCCCACAAGAGGACCCAGAUACUUCUCUCGCAUCGCUCUUUGGCAGGGAAGAGGCUCCUUUGUAUACUGAGGAUCUCAUGUCUUGGACUGAGGUGUGGGCUUAUUGGAAACUCGUCUGCUUGCAGGGUUCCCUCGUCCCGCGCUUGUGCGGCGCCUUCAUGGUCAAGGUACCAGAAGAAGGCAGACCAGCAAAUCAUUUUGCCGUGGUGAUAACCCCCGUCAAUGGCACUUCCAACAUUACGCGCUGCAGAGCACUCGGCGGCUUGCUAAAUGGUAACAGGAGGUGGUACCCCCUCGCCCGAGAUCUGUUCAAGAGCGUGUAUCAGUUUCACCGACUCGGUAUUUGCAACCUAGACCUACGUGACGAGAACAUCAGAGUGGUUCGGUCUGCUGGGAACACUGAAUCCCUGGUGUUCUUCGACUUUGCGUCUGCACGUCCAUCGUCGUUUGGCAGUUCUGAACAGAAGACAGAUGUUCAGGAUGCUCUGGAUCGUGAUUGGUGGGAUCUGUACACCAUUAUAGCCGAAAUUUGCGUGUACAGGACCAAGGAUGGGGAUAUCGUUGCAGCGGAUCAGAGGCGUUGGGAUUUCGUGAAGUGGUUGAGGAAGGAACAUCACCGUGACGAGUGGCUCGUUGCAUGGGAUUCCAGACUGGACGCAAUGAAGCCGCGUGAGGGGGUUGUAAGUACUAGUACUAGUAGGAAAGAUUCGACGGUCUCCUAA